AGCUGUGGAAACUAGCAUACGCUGACCUCCUACUGCGUGCCGGACUCGUCGGCAAACGUGCUACGGUACUGCAGUACGAGUUUGUGAGCGUUGAGGGAUCGGCUGUGACUGCGGCGAGUGGUGAUCUGCCCUCGCAAGGCCUCGUGCUCGCCAACGUGUGCCGUUUCUGCGGCGACCACGUGCUCCAGCCUGAUGAUGUCAAGUGUCCUGGGUGUGCGCGAUACAAGGAGCCGCCGCUGUGUGGUGUUUGCAGACUGCCAAUCAAGGGUGAGUCUAAUCUAUCCUUUAAAUAAGCUGACAGCAGGCCUCACAACAACCUGCACAACAUGCACACACACCUCCCACACGCGCUGCCUGCGACUCGUCAUGGCGAGCCCCACUGACCAUUGCCCGUCCUGCCUCUGCCGCUGCCUCGCGGAGCGCGGGCUCAGCGGCGGCUUCAAAACGACGCCGAAGUCAGCUCCAACGACGGCGGUGUCGUACGGCUGGCCAGAAAAACUACAGCGCGCCGGCCUCGCGAUGUCACCGACAAAGCUCGACUUUGACGGGCCGCAGUACUCGGGCUUCGUGCGUGCCGUCGACCGCGAGCCCGACCCCCCCGGACCCGAACCCGAGCGGUGGUGGCGCGAACCCGGCGCGGGCGUCGUGAGUUACUUGAAACAUUUGCGCACGGACCCGCCCCCGCCGGCACCUGCACCAGGGCCUGCGCCGGCGCUGGAAGACGGGUUGAAGCGCGGGAUUCGGAACGUCGGCGCGACGACGCCGCUCGAUAUCGUCGAGACGCCGGUCGACGAGCUGCGCAUGGGUCUUUCGGGCCUUGGGCCGAAACACCAUGCGAGACGCGCCACAUUUACGGGCACGGGCACGUCGGGGGCGUAUGGCGGCGAAGCGCUCGAGCUCGAUGUGGGGCCCGAGGAGGAGCAGCCGCGGUCGAGGAUGAAGACGUUUGGGAGGGAGGGGCUGUUGGGGUGGUAGUGUAUUAUAGGUGUUGCAGCUGUCUUUGUGACGUAAACUCCACCGGUGAAGACAGCGCCGAGCAGUCAGCGCUACAUGCCGCACACCGCUCGGUCUUGGCUGCUCGGCG